GCUCCUACCAUUCAUCUCGGAAGGAUCGAGCACGUCUCUCAGAAAAACGGAGAAGAUCGGGCCCCAAGAAUUAGAGAGAAUCGGUUGGCUUUGUGUAUAAAAACGUAUACAGCCCAUCACACAUCGGCCGAAUGCAUUUUGGGAUAGGGGAAACCCCUGACAACAUAGACAUGUGCUUGAUGGAACUGAAGUGUGUAGCAAUUCAGCGAAAAAUUGAAAACAUUAUGUAAGCAGAUGGGAGCUGAGAUCUCGCUGCCUAAAUGGAAGGUAGCUCAGUUUCAGAGUACAGAAAAUUUCUUUUCUCCUUGUGUGAAGAAAUAACGGAAGGAAACCUACGAAAGUUGAAGUAUUUAUGCCUCGAUCGAUUAACAACAAGAGAAUUGGAGGAGAUAAACACCGCCACGAAUUUGUUUAAAUGCCUAGAGAUAAAACAAGAGAUAAGAAAAGACAAUCUAAAUUUGUUGGAGGAUCUUCUUACGCAAAUAGGUCGCUACGAUUUAGUGGAGAAACUAAAGGAGUUCAAGAGCAGGCGCAGCUUUGAUUGUGGCGCGAGUGGUUCCAUUAAGUUUCAAGUUGAUGAUGACAUGGAAGAUGUUCCCGACGCUGCCGAGCCAACCGCGAAUGUAGCUGGCGACAAAAAUGAUCCCACAGCUCUUGCUUCAAGUGGGUCUGAAGAAAUCAUGUUGAGAGACGUUAGCGCAGACGUUUUUGAAGAACUUGGUUUUUUACUAAAUCCUUCUUCAUUUAAAAGUUGGAAAAUUCUGGCCGGUAAGCUUGGCUACACCCUCACCCAUGUAACAAAUUUCAAAUUGUGUCCAAUGAACAGCACCCAAAUGCUGCUUCAGGAUUGGUCCCAUCGUGGAGAUGCUACAGUUCUGAAGUUGUACCAGACCCUCAUGAAUAUAGGACGCGAAGAUGCAGCCCAGAAACUGAAGAGGAUUUUAUUUCCUUCUCGUGGUACAUUGUAGAUCUUGUAGACGUGAAAGUUUUGUUUGCCUACUAUGACGAUGCGAGUUAUCUCCUGAUAAACGGAACUAAGAUUUUUCUUAGGGCAUGUGCAGGUUUUCAAAUCCAUCCUACUUAGCCGCCUCUACCACAAGAAUCUACUGUCUGCUAUUGUUGUUUUA